AUGAUGGUGAUAAAACUGAUCUUUAACCAUUUGUUACUGGCUUUUUUGGCUUUGGAGUUGGUGCAAUCGUUCACAACGACCACCAUCCAAUGGCAACCGUCAAUAGUUUCACUUUCUGCAACACCUGAAUAUGAUUCCAAAGAUUAUUUCGUUGAUCCCAACAAUGUGGGAUUGUAUCGUCGAUUUUGCGACCAUGUCCAAGAGAAGCUACAAGAAUCUGGAAUGUUUGAAAGCAUCGAUGAUCUUCCGUCGCAGUUGUCGUUGAAUCAAGCAACACAAAACCGAGGAGGUACAAGCAGCAUGGUGCAAAUCCAGAAUUUUGCCAUGAAACCUACCGGAAGCUUCAAAGACGUUGUCCGAUAUUCCCGUGUUGCGUUGUUGGAAACCAUUGAUUUGUCCAAUUCUAGCAGUGGUGAUGAUGGCACGGUUGUCACACAUACAGAAGGAAUCCAGGUCCUAAACUUCAUCAUUGUGCCUUCUGCCCAAACAGACCUUCCAGUAUUGGGAAUCGAUUUGGUACGAUUGCCAGGAGACAAGAACCUGCUGUUGCUCGAUGCCCAGCCAAUGGUCGACCCCAACCCAUAUCAAGAAAAUUGGAAGGCAUGGUAUGCUGAACAUGUGGGUGGUGAUGCUCCAGUCUUUUCUUGGGGUGGAGACUUCCCACCACCUGUUCAGCAGUAUGUCUCACCAUAUGCUCUUUGGACGCGAUUGCAGCCACCACAAGAAGUAUCAGGCAGUGAAGACAAGUGGGAUCCCACUUCUAUCAUUCAAAAUGAACUUUGGGAUGCUUUCACUUCUCACUUGGAUAUUUACUUGGACCUUUUGAGGCAGCAACAACAACAACAACAACUGCAAACAGAUAGCAGCAAAACGAAUAACCAAGCGGGAUAUUUGGAAUAUAGACGGACUACCGAUCCAGCGAAACCCAUGCUGAAGGCUUUGUAUGGCGAGGAGUGGACGCAACAAGUCCUCGAUGAAGUCUUGUUCCCAACUUGGAUGGAGUAG